UCUCUGUGUUUCCUUCUGCCGAUUGAGAAAACUUUCUGGAACAAUUGUUGCGUUCAGAAGAGCAAUGAGCUGCCAAAACAAUCUCUUGUUUUUAUUCCUCUGUGGCUUCGCUGCGCUCACUGACUCAGCACAGACACGUACAGAACAUUUACUAGAAGGAAAACCCUACAGCAUUAAUGGGAAAACAACAAACAAUGAAAAACCUGCUGAUAUCAGAUGGGCCUUUACCUACAGUGAUGGAAACACAACUGAAUGGAAAAAAGGAUCCAAGAAAAAACCUCCAGCAGGAUUAACAAUAGAAGAAGACGGAUCUUUACGAUUUAAAAGUGUUCAUCUGAGUAACACCGGCACAUAUAGAUACAGUGCUUUUAAUAAAGGUGGCACACAGAUUGGUGAUGAAACAGUGGAACUUAAAGUUUAUGUGAAGGCUCCUAAACCUACUGUGGAGAUCAACUGUACUGCAUCUCAAGGAAAUGUAAUACUCCACUGUAAACACCUUGGAAACAAUAAAGAUCUGACGAUAUUCUGGUAUGAAGACGGCACGAAGAAGCUAGAUGAAAAAAAAUCUGAUCUGACCUUAAAAUUGUCUGACGUGAAGAAUAAAGAGUACGCAUGCAAUCUGACCAAUCCUGUAAGCAGUGCACUAAGUGACAAAGUUUCAGCCUCAUGUAGUUCCUUUCCUCCUACACUUUUUGGAUUUGAUUUUUGGAUCAUGAUUGGGAUUUUAGCAGGUGGAGGAGCUCUUUUGCUUCUGCUGCUUACAGUUCUCAUCUGCUGUGCAUGUCGAAGCUGUAGACGCAAGAAGCACCGACUAGAUGUGGAAGAGUUCAGAUUGACAGAGCUUCAACCUCCAUAUAGCAAUGGUACAAACAGAUCCAAACAAACUGCAAGAGGUCAACCGGCGCCCCCUAUCCCACAAGAAGAGUCCAUGCACUGUAACCCGUCUCCACAAUCAACGCCACAGACACAACCUCAACCCAAAGCUCAGAUCCGCGCUCGACCUCCACCACCGCCUCAGGACGAGGAUGAGGAAGACCCACCGCCCUUACCUCGCCCGAGGAAUAAACAACACCGGAAGAAACACCAGGAGCCCUACCGUCCAAUGGAAUGAGAUGCCUGCGUGUUUACUGAACAAUAGCAAUAUGAGAAUUUCCUGCAAUUACUUUUGUAAACUAACAGCGUUACUAUAUGGUAAGAGCUCCGUUUAAUACAUAGUUAGCUUACAAUAAAAAUCUUUUUUUUUUUAUUUUACCCAACAAAGUUUAAGAACUUACAAUGCCAAAACUGUUCACAUAGAAAAGUAGAUGGCGAUUUAUAUUGAAAGCUAUGACUGCACAAUUUAUCAAAUUUUUUUAAUCGCUAUAAUAGUAUUUGCAAUAUCUGCAUCGCAGAGAGGUGCUAUAAAUUACAUUUAUUCCAUGCUGCAUGCAUAGACUGUUUUAUUUACAUUUGACCAAUCAGAUAGGGCCUUAUUAUCGUUAGACUUACCUCCACAGUAGUGCCGUUCUGCUAUUGGCUGAAGUGGCUCAUCGAUGAACCUAGAGCUGAAAAUUAAAUAAAUAAAAAAUAGUCGAAAUGAGAGAGGAAAUUUACAACAGCAAAUAAGAAUCUGAAUAUCUGCCAAAGUUUUAAUAAUUCAGUGUUUUAAAGACUAAAUGUUUGCACCUUGCUUGAGUUUGAUUUGAUAAUAUCAGAAAAAUAUCAGUUUAUUUUAGUAUGAUCAUUACAUAAAUAAAUUACUUAAAAAAAUAGCAAAUAAAAAAACAUUUCUUGAAUUUUGUUACUGCAGUAUUUAAUAUUGCAUAUCACAUUUUUUCCAAGUAUUGUGGCCCUACUUAAAAACUCCAUAAUUAUGAGCACCUGCAACUUGUGCGCUAUAUUUGUCAUAAUUUACAAUGCAAAUUUAGCAAAGACCAAACUCUUUUAUUCACUAAAAUCAAAACAAUUUCCAUAAAGUACACAUAAAACCAUUUCCCAAACUGUGUUUUUGCUUUAUGCCGUGGUCACACUAGAGUUUGAACAUGCGUGAUUCUGUCAUAUAGAGCUGUGAAAAGGGGCGGGAAUAAA